GGCCACGCUGCCCAGCGCCGAGCGCCGCGCCUUCGCGCUCAAGAUCAACAGGUAUUCAUCAGCGGAAAUAAGAAAACAGUUUACGCUUCCUCCCAACCUUGGGCAGUACCACCGACAGAGCAUCAGUGCGUCUGGCUUCCCCUCCCUUCAGCUACCUCAGUUUUAUGACCCUGUGGAGCCAGUGGACGUCGAAGGACUUCUGAUGACACACUUAAACAGCCUGGACGCGGAGCUGGCCCAGGAGCUGGGGGACUUCACUGAUGAUGACUUGGACGUGGUGUUCACGCCCAAGGAAUGUAGGACUUUGCAGCACUCUUUGCCAGAGGAAGGGGUUGAGCUGGACCCUCAUGUCAGAGACUGUGUUCAGACCUAUGUUCGGGAGUGGCUGAUUGUGAGCCGGAAAAACCAAGGAAGUUCAGAGGUUUGCAGCUUUAAAAAGACUGGUUCUCGGAAAGAUUUUCACAAGACUCUUCAGAAACAGACGUUCGAGUCAGAGACCUUGGAGUGCAGUGAACCCGCCGCUCAGACAGGCCCUCGUCGCUUAAACGUGCUGUGUGACGUGUCUGGAAAGGGUCCCCUUACUGCCUGUGACUUCAACCUCCGUAGCCUCCAGCCUGACCAGCGGCUAGAAAACCUGCUGCAGCUCGUGACUGCUGAGGACUUUGAGAAGGAGAAGGAAGAGGCCCGCAGGGCCAAUCGGCACGCUGAGCUCUUUGCUCUGUACCCAGCGGUGGACGAGGAGGAUGCUGUGGAAAUACGUCCAGUGCCAGAGUGUCCCAAGGAACAUCUGGGCAACAGAAUACUGGUCAAGGUGCUGACCUUGAAGUUUGAGAUUGAAAUUGAGCCAAUAUUUGCCAGCAUUGCCCUCUAUGACAUCAAAGAAAGGAAAAAGAUCUCAGAAAAUUUUCACUGUGACCUGAACUCUGACCAGUUCAAAGGAUUUCUGCGAGCUCACACGCCCUCAGUUGACCCAUCCAGUCAGGCAAGAUCUGCGGUGUUCUCCGUCACCUACCCGUCUUCGGAUAUCUACCUGGUGGUCAAGAUUGAAAAAGUCCUUCAGCAGGGAGAGAUUGCAGACUGCGCAGAGCCCUACAUGGUCAUCAGAGAAAGUGAUGGGGGAAAGAGUAAAGAAAAGGUUGAAAAACUAAAACUUCAAGCUGAAUCCUUCUGCCAGCGUUUGGGGAAAUACCGGAUGCCCUUCGCCUGGGCCCCCAUUAGCUUAGCCAGCUUCUUCAAUGUGUCCACCCUUGACAGGCCCGUAUCUGACGGGGAGCCCAUGACUGGGAGGAACUCGGUGGGUGAGCGGAGGAGUCUGUCCCAGUCUCGGAGGCUUUCUGAGCAUGCCUGGGAGGAAAAUGGAGUGGGCUACAGCUUCAAGGCCACCACCCUGGCCACAAACAGCUUUUUCAAGCAGGAGGGAGAUCGCCUCAGUGAUGAAGAUUUAUUCAAGUUUUUAGCUGACUACAAGAGAUCAUCAUCCUUACAGAGAAGAGUCAAGUCCAUUCCAGGCUCACUCAGGCUGGAGAUAUCACCAGCUCCAGAGGCCAUCAGCUGCUGCUUGACACCAGAAAUGCAGCCCGUGAAGCCCUUCCCUGAAAACCGGACUCGGCCGCACAAGGAGAUCUUGGAAUUUCCCAUCCGGGAGGUGUACGUCCCUCACACUGUGUACAGAAAUCUUCUCUACGUCUACCCACAGAGGCUGAACUUCGCUAACAAACUCGCAUCUGCACGGAACAUUACAAUAAAAGUCCAGUUCAUGUGUGGAGAAGAUCCCAGCAGUGCCAUGCCGGUCAUCUUUGGAAAGUCCAGUGGGCCUGAAUUUCUGCAGGAAGCAUACACCGCCAUUACAUACCACAAUAAGUCCCCUGACUUUUAUGAAGAAGUGAAAAUUAAGCUCCCUGCUAAGCUCACAGUAAAUCACCACCUCCUGUUCACCUUCUAUCACAUCAGCUGUCAGCAGAAGCAAGGAGCCUCCGGAGAGAGCCUCCUGGGGUACUCGUGGCUGCCAAUGCUCCUAAAUGAGCGCCUUCAAACUGGAUCCUACUGCCUUCCAGUUGCCUUGGAAAAACUGCCACCCAACUACUCCAUGCACUCUGCCGAGAAAGUCCCUUUACAGAACCCCCCCAUUAAGUGGGCUGAAGGCCAUAAGGGAGUGUUUAAUAUUGAAGUGCAGGCUGUUUCUUCCGUUCACACCCAGGACAACCACCUGGAGAAGUUCUUCACCCUGUGCCACUCCCUGGAGAGCCAGGUGACCUUCCCCAUCCGUGUGCUGGACCAGAAAAUCAGUGAGAGUGCCCUUGAGCAUGAGCUGAAACUCAGCAUCAUCUGCCUGAACUCCUCUCGCCUGGAACCCCUGGUGCUCUUCCUACACCUGGUGCUGGACAAGCUCUUCCAGCUGUCCGUGCAGCCCAUGGUCAUUGCUGGCCAGACAGCCAACUUCUCCCAGUUUGCCUUCGAGUCUGUGGUGGCCAUUGCCAACAGUCUGCACAACAGCAAGGACCUGAGCAAGGACCAGCAUGGGAGGAGCUGCCUGCUGGCUUCGUACGUGCAUUACGUCUUCCGCCUGCCCGAGCCACAGAGAGAUGUGCUCAAGUCAGGUGGCCCUGCUGCCGUCCCCGACCCCCGCUACCACACGUACGGCCGCACAUCUGCUGCGGCUGUGAGUUCGAAGCUGCUGCAGGCCCGGGUGAUGAGCAGCAGCAACCCGGACCUGGCAGGGACACACUGCGCAGCGGACGAGGAAGUUCAGAACAUCAUGUCUUCAAAGAUUACUGACCGCAACUGCAGCCGGAUGUCCUACUACUGCUCUGGCAAUACUGAUGUCCCGUGUUCACCUGCAGCCCCAAGGCCCGCCAGCAAAAAGCAUUUCCAUGAGGAGCUUGCCCUGCAGAUGGUGGUCAGCACUGGAAUGGUGAGAGAAACAGUCUUCAAGUAUGCCUGGUUCUUCUUUGAGCUUCUGGUGAAAAGCAUGGCCCAGUAUGUACAUAACCUGGACAAACGGGACAGUUUUCGGAGAAAUCGCUUCUCUGACCGCUUCAAAGAUGACAUAACUACCAUUGUGAAUGUGGUCACCUCGGAGAUCGCAGCCCUGCUAGUGAAACCUCAGAAGGAAAGUGAGCAGGCAGAGAAGAUCAACAUCAGCCUGGCUUUCUUCUUGUAUGACCUCCUGUCACUCAUGGACCGCGGCUUCGUGUUCAACCUCAUCAAACAUUACUGCAACCAGCUGUCGGCCAAGCUCAAUAACCUCCCCACACUCAUCUCCAUGAGACUGGAGUUCCUGAGAAUCCUCUGCAGCCACGAGCAUUACCUCAACCUGAACCUCUUCUUUCUGAAUCCCGACCCUGCACCAGCGUCCCCCUGCCCCUCCAUCUCCUCCCAGAACUCCAGCUCCUGCUCUAGCUUUCAGGACCAGAAGAUCGCCAGCAUGUUCGACCUGACCCCGGAGUACCGGCAGCAGCACUUUCUCACGGGCCUCCUCUUCACCGAGCUGGCCGUGGCCCUGGACGCCGAAGGCGAUGGCAUCAGCAGAGUGCAGAGGAAGGCUGUCAGUGCCAUCCAGAGCCUGCUGAGCUCCCACGACCUGGACCCGCGCUGUGUCAAGCCAGAGGUGAAAGUCAGAAUUGCCACCCUUUAUCUGCCGUUGGUCGGCAUCAUUCUGGAUGCGCUGCCGCAGCUUUAUGACUUCACAGCCUCAGAUGCUCGCAAUGGGAAGAGUCGCACCAGUGGCUCCUUUGAAGACCAAGAUGGGGCCAGUUCCCUUAACCAGAAUGUGGCCAUGGCCAUAGCAGGGAAUCAUUUUAAUUUGAAGACAAGUGGAACAAUGCUAUCUUCCUUGCCCUACAAGCAGUACAAUGUGCUGAACGCCGACACCACCCGCAACCUCAUGAUCUGUUUCCUGUGGAUCAUGAAAAACGCCGAUCAGAGCCUGAUUAGGAAGUGGAUCGCUGACCUGCCUUCCAUGCAGCUGAACAGGAUUUUAGACCUACUUUUCAUCUGUGUCUCCUGUUUUGAGUACAAGGGAAAACAGACUUCUGACAAAGUCAGUAACCAAGUCCUGCAGAAGUCGAGGGACGUCAAGGCCAGGCUGGAAGAGGCUCUGCUCCGCGGGGAGGGGGCCCGCGGGGAGAUGAUGCGCCGGCGCACUCCAGGCAAUGACCGAUUUCCAGGCCUAAAUGAAAAUCUGAGAUGGAGGAAAGAGCAGACACAUUGGCGGCAAGCUAAUGAGAAGCUAGAUAAAACAAAGGCAGAGUUAGAUCAAGAAGCCUUGAUCAGUGGCAAUCUGGCUACAGAAGCAAAUUUAAUCAUCCUGGACAUGCAGGAAAACAUUAUCCAGGCAAGCUCUGCUCUGGACUGUAAAGACAGCCUGCUGGGAGGUGUCCUGAGGGUCCUGGUGAAUUCUCUGAGCUGUGACCAGAGCAUCACCUACCUGACUCACUGCUUUGCAACGCUCAGAGCCCUCAUUGCCAAGUUCGGAGACCUGCUGUUCGAGGAGGAGGUGGAGCAGUGUGCGGACCUGUGUCAGCGAGUGCUGCACCACUGCAGCAGCGCCAUGGACGUCACGCGGAGCCAAGCCUGCGCCACCCUCUACCUCCUCAUGCGCUUCAGUUUCGGGGCCACCAGCAACUUUGCAAGAGUAAAGAUGCAAGUAACCAUGUCGCUGGCAUCUUUGGUGGGCAAAGCGCCAGAUUUUAAUGAAGAGCACCUGAGAAGAUCCUUGAGGACAAUUUUAGCCUAUUCAGAAGAGGACACAGUCAUGCAGACAACGCCUUUCCCCACCCAGGUGGAGGAACUUCUCUGCAAUCUGAAUAGCAUUUUAUACGACACGGUGAAGAUGAGGGAGUUUCAGGAAGAUCCCGAAAUGCUCAUGGAUCUCAUGUACAGAAUUGCCAAGAGUUACCAGGCGUCUCCUGAUCUGCGGCUCACCUGGCUGCAGAACAUGGCGGAGAAACACACCAAGAAGAAGUGCUUCACGGAGGCUGCCAUGUGCCUGGUCCACGCGGCCGCCCUGGUGGCCGAGUAUCUGAGCAUGCUGGAGGACCACAGCUACCUGCCUGUGGGCAGCGUCAGCUUCCAGAAUAUUUCUUCCAACGUGCUGGAAGAGUCUGCUGUCUCAGAUGACACGUUGUCACCCGACGAGGACGGAGUGUGCUCGGGCCGGUACUUCACCGAGAGCGGCCUGGUAGGCCUCCUGGAGCAGGCGGCGGAGCUCUUCAGCACGGGAGGCUUGUAUGAAACAGUUAAUGAAGUCUACAAGCUGGUCAUCCCCAUCCUGGAAGCACAUCGAGACUUCCGGAAGCUGACCUCCACUCAUGACAAGCUGCAGAAGGCUUUUGACAAUAUCAUUCACAAGGAUCAUAAGAGAAUGUUUGGGACUUACUUCCGUGUUGGUUUCUAUGGAUCCAAGUUUGGGGACCUAGAUGAGCAGGAAUUUGUGUACAAAGAACCUGCCAUCACCAAGCUUCCUGAGAUCUCACAUAGACUGGAGGGAUUUUAUAGCCAGUGCUUUGGUGCAGAAUUUGUGGAAGUGAUAAAAGACUCAACUCCUGUGGACAAAACCAAGUUGGAUCCUAGCAAGGCCUACAUACAGAUCACUUUUGUGGAGCCCUACUUUGAUGAGUAUGAGAUGAAAGACAGAGUGACCUACUUCGAGAAGAAUUUCAACCUGCGGAGGUUCAUGUACACCACCCCGUUCACCCUGGAGGGGCGGCCCCGCGGGGAGCUGCAUGAGCAGUACCGGAGAAACACGGUGCUCACCACCACGCACGCCUUCCCCUACAUCAAGACCAGGAUCCGCGUCAUCCAGAAGGAAGAGUUUGUUCUGACUCCAAUUGAAGUUGCCAUUGAAGACAUGAAGAAGAAGACCCUGCAGCUAGCAGUGGCCGUCCACCAGGAGCCCCCUGAUGCAAAGAUGCUGCAGAUGGUGCUGCAGGGCUCGGUGGGAGCCACUGUCAACCAGGGACCAUUGGAGGUGGCCCAAGUGUUCUUGGCUGAAAUUCCAGCUGACCCAAAGCUCUACCGACAUCACAACAAGCUGAGGUUAUGCUUUAAGGAAUUCAUAAUGCGAUGUGGCGAGGCUGUGGAGAAAAACAAGCGGCUUAUUACCGCAGAGCAGAGGGAGUAUCAGACGGAACUCAAAAAGAACUACAACAAGCUGAGAGAGAGCCUCAGGCCCAUGAUCGAGAGGAAGAUUCCAGAGCUCUACAAGCCCAUAUUCAGAGUUGAGAGUCAAAAGAGAGACUCUUUCCACAGAUCUAGUUUCAGGAAAUGUGAAACCCAGUUGUCACAGGGCAGCUAAGAAAAGCCACCUUUGCCCACGGUUGACCGAUGCUCUGUGGCCUGAGGACUCACUGAUACUUCAAACACGGGAUAGCAAUCCACCCAGGACUGACCACUCACUCCCUGCCCAGCCUGCGCGCUGGGAGCUUGGCGGGUCAAGGGACCACGGAGUGACUCCCACAUGCAAUCUUAACUAGAUCUUGGCCAAGCCAGGGGGUUGGAGUAGAGGUGGGCAGAAGGUAAUCAGAGGUAACUGUAUUUAUUAAAGUGUGUUUUUCUCAGUGUUGUACAAAGCCAAGCAUAAACUGCUUCUGCUGGAUGGGCGGUCACUGUCCACCCCAGAAGUGACUUCCUCUUGUCUAUAUUUGAGUUUAUAGGACAAACUCAGUGGUUCGAGAAGUGGAAACAUGGUCCACUGGCUGUGAGCUUCACGCAUCUCCUCUCUGGAAGGGACAUUUUAUAAUAAGCUAUAGGGAAUGUGUAAAAAGUCUUCAAUAAAUCUGUGAGGGGAGCCUUACUGGAAGCGUAUACACAAUGAUGGCUGGGAACUGGGGAAUAGAUUCUUCAGGAAUUUGUUACCAUUUUAGCCUUCUGGUUUUGGGGGACCAAGUGAGCAGCAUCCCAUUGCUUCUGCUUUAUGAGUGCUGCUAAGCUGAGUGCACACACGUGUGCAGAGGCACACUCCAAGCCCUGCUUUAGGAGAAGGAGGGCACAUGACCCUCAGCCACGCGUCGCUGAUGCUGAGUCCACUUUAAUGGAAACAAGUCUCCUAUGCUGUUAGCCGUUUUGUCUUAUGCUCGCUCUCCCCACCCUCUUUUUCUCCUCUCUGGAACAGUCUGUACUUUUACAAAAGGAUAAUAUCUCUGCUUUCAUUUCAGAACACUGUGUUCUCCGACUGCUAUGAAAAUACAUUCAGAUUUGAAUUCUUUUGACCAUGUACUUUAGGAGAAGGAUGAACAAAGUUAUUAUUUCAGAAGUAAAUUAUAUAUUUUUACUA